AUGUUGCUGCGUCAAUCUUUGCGCUCCCUGCGUUCCGCCCCGCGCACGACAUUCCUGAACAAGCGCCUGUUCGCGGCCAUGUCGCAACCUGGUAGCCCAGCCGCGAGCUCCGAGGCUGGCGGCCCCGUCGAGCAGACGAUCCGAGCGAAGCUCGUCGAAAAGUUUGGUAACAACCUCAAAAUAUACAAUGACUCCCACCUCCACAAGCACCACAAAGCGAUGGCCGGCAGCACAUCUGCCGAGACACACUUCCGUCUGGUCAUCGUCUCCAGCGAGUUCGAGGGCAGCAGACAGAUCCAGCGACACCGUAUGGUGAACCAGCUGCUGAAGGAGGAGCUCGCACGAGAAGGCGGCAUACAUGCACUGCAGGUCAAAGCCCUGACGCCAGAGGAAGAGGAGAAGAAGUCGGCGCAGGAGUAG